AUGGCAAGUAAUUCGACUAAACCUCAUCCUUGGUUUGAAAUUUGUCAUUCACGUCCAUCAGCUAAAUACCAAGUAUUUAUAUUUCCAGGAGCUGGUGUACCAGGUUUUUAUUAUAAUAAUUGGGAUAAAGAUUUUCCUGAAUAUGAAUUUUCAUUAGUAAUUUAUCCUGGAAGAGCAAAACGACUUGGUGAAAAAUGUUUAACAACUAUAGAAGAAUAUCUUACUCAAUUAGAUCAAGAACUUCUACCAUAUAUGACGAAACCAUGUAUUUUUAUUGGUCAUAGUAUUGGAACUAUAAUUAGUUUUGCAUUCGCUAGACAUAUAAUUGAAACAACAAAUAAAGGAGAUUUAAUUAAAUUAAUACUUGCAAUGGGACGAGGAGCACCUCAUACAGCAGAUACUGUUUUGGAGGGUGAUCAAUCUUAUGUUGAACAGACGGAUGAAGAACUUGUUCAACACUUAAAACAAUCAGCAGAUCCUAACACAGUAGAAAUUUAUGAUUAUCAACCAUUUGUUGAUAUGGUAUUACCUAUGUACAGAGCUGAUGCAAAAAUUGGCAAUGUAUCAGUUUCAUCUACUCCAAUAAAUACUCCAAUUAUUGUUUAUGAAGGAGAAAAAGAUGAAGGUCUCAAUAUAGAAUCUUUAAAUAGAUGGUUAGAAUUAACAACAAAUAAAGAUUUAUUUCGUGUUCGACUGUUUCCUGGACAUCAUAAUUUUCAAUCUGAAUGUCAAAAUCAAGUAUUACAAUGUAUGAAAGAAGAUUUUAAUAAUGUUUUAAAUAAUUCAAAAGUUUAG